AUGGACAAGCUGCGUAAGAACCGGUCUGUAGUCCGCGGCGCAACGACUCGACGGCUGUCAUCUGCAACCGACCUCCUGAAACAAGAGAUACCAUCUACCGAAGAGUUGCAGGUGGCCCUCGAUGACCUUCUGGACAAAGAUGCGACGCUUGCGGGCUUAAACGAAAAGAUUGCGCACCUCGUCUACGACGACAGUUACGAAGAGGAGGUCAGUACCGCCUUGGAUUACCACGAAAGGAUUCUUAGCUGCAUCAGCAGGAUUCGACUUCACACGCGCUCCCGUUCCGACGCCAUCCUCGCACAGGCCGCCGCCACCGUUUCGCUUCAAGACACACCAGGGGAUCGUACUGAAUACGUUAUGAGUGGCGCGGCUCCGACCGCUCCGACCGUUCACGAUAAUCCUGCGCUUGUGAUGGUACCACGACCUUCGACGAAACGGGUUGCCCUUCCGAAGUUGCAGGUGCCCGUCUUCUCCGGAGACCUCCGUGAGAGGCAUGGAUUUUGGGAGCACUUUGAAGCCACAAUCCAUACAAAUCCUGACCUACCCGCAAUCGAAAAGUUCAAGUACCUACGAUCCUACUUGACCGGACAAGCGAAGCGCGCCGUGGAAUGGAUCAGGCUUACCGAGGACAACUACGCCACUGCAGUCAAUGUCCUAACCCAGCGCUUCGGUCGUACGGACACGCUUGUAGAUGAGCACAUCGACAGUCUGCUUGCAAUUACGCCGAUCCAGAACUCUUCACAGCUGGCCCGACUCCGCCAGCUCUACGAGCAUAUUCUCUUUCGUACUAGUUGCCUCGAGACCCUUGGCGUGUCCCCCGCAGAGUAUGCUGUUGUGCUGCAUAGGGUGCUCAUGCGGUCGUUGCCAGAGGAUAUACCCGUGCUGUACCGUCAACGCAUGAAGGAGGACGUUGCGGCUACUGAAGCUGCGGCGUCACGAGCGGCUACUGAUGCUGCUGCGUCCCGUGAACCUGCGGCGUCCCGAGCGGCGCAGGUUAAGAACAUUAUGGAAUUCCUACAAGUACGAGUUGAAAGCAGGGAGGACACACGUGCGGGUCGUGCAAGGCUUGCUUCGACCGUUCCUGGUACUAUGGAUAGUUCCUCCCAAGCUCCCGUAGCGUCGUCCACCUUACCGACAGCACUGGCUUUGGCCGCAUCUUCAUCGCAUCCUCGUCCCUCUUGUCCGCUCUGCAACUUGGCAAGCCACACUGUUCAGGAAUGCCAUGUUGCCAUCUCGACGGAUGACAAGAGAAGAAGAUUGACAGCCAAGAACUGCUGUUUCAAGUGCGGCAAGCACGGCCACUUCGCUCGCAGCUGUCGCAGUGCUACUUGGUUGAGGUGCCGCCACUGUUCAAGACGUCACCUCUCUGUGUUAUGUGAUCUCUGGAAAAGAAACGAUGACGCCGCUACGGACCAGAUUCCCACUCCUGGAAGUGUGCUCAACGCCUCGGCUGGCGAUGAGCAACCCGUCACAUCAGCCCCGGCCAGUAGCGACUCGCCAUCACCAACGCUACUUCAGACAGCAACGGUUUGGGCAGCGGGAGGUAACGAGCGCAUAAAGGUACGUGUACUCUUCGAUACUGGGAGUCAGCGAACCUUCAUACGAAGGGACAUCUCCCUGAAGCUUGGCCUUCCCUGCAUCGACGAAGAGGAUCUAACCGUAUACACCUUUGGGAAUUCGGCACGCCCUCAGCGCUAUCAUUGCCGCAAGGUGAGGGUAGAGCUUCGCAGCCUGUUCGGCGACAAGUCUGUUGCGCUUGACGCGCUAGAAGUUCCAGAGGUCUGCACCGUGAGGAGCGCUGACAUUACUCCGGAGUUAAGAUCCAGUCUCCACACGAAAGAGAUGCAGCUCGCUCAUGAGCCGUCGCUUAGCGGAGGUUCGGAUUCUGUGAUCAGCGUACUGAUUGGCUCGGACCUGUACUGGACCGUCGUGACCGGUUGCGUCGACCGUCUCAGCGAGCAUAUGUGCGCAGUAGAAACUGUAUUCGGUUGGACGGUGCAAGGCGCCUACUCCCAGAUUACCCAUCCUCUGUCUGCUAACGGCCACACCACUGCUCUCUUUCUUGCAUGUUCUGAGGGGUGGUGUACAGCGCAUCCUGCUGGUGACCCUUCCGAAAUGUGGAGGCUCGACGCUAUUGGUAUUACAGACCCUGGGGAACCGCCCAGAGAAGAGCCAACGGCGGUGGUGCAGUUCCGUGACGCUGUCUACAAGGACAAAGGGCGUUAUGUCGUGCCCAUCAUGCUAAGGUCUCAAGGCCACGUGCCAAGCACGAAUCGGACAGUUGCAGAAACGCGGCUAAUGCGUCAGCUACAACACUUCCUGACCCAACCCGAAGUACUUCAGGAGUACGACAGCGUCAUCAGGGAGUACCCGAAGGAAGGUCAUGCAGAGGUAGUGCCAGCGAACGACGAUUCAAGGAUGGUAUACUAUCUUCCACAUCACGCAGUCGUACGUCGAGAAGCCGUCACCACGAAAGUUCGGGUCGUAUUUGAUGCGUCUUCUCAUGAACUGGGGAGUCCUUCACUCAACGACGUACUGGACAAAGGAGUGAAGCUCGGGGCAGAGUUGUUCCAGCUUCUGUUGCAGUUCAGGUGCAGCCCAAUAGUCCUCACCGCCGACAUACGUAAAGCGUUCAUGCAGGUCUGCAUCAGGCCGGACGAGCGGGAUCUUCUGCGCUUUCUCUGGUUUAACCAGCUACCCACGGAGGGACUGCCUACUCCCAGCAUCUGCGAGUGGCGAAUGACGAGAGUGCCUUUCGGGGCACCUUCUAGUCCAUUCUUGCUUGCGGCUACGUUGCAGCACCAUCUAGAGGAGUGGAAGAAAACAUACCCGAACAUCGCGGCUCGGCUGCAGAAAUCUUUCUACGUCGACGACUUAGUCAUCGGGGCUCACUCUCAGGCCGAAGCACUGGACAUCUACAGAACGGCGAGUGCAAUCCUUGCAGACGCCAGCAUGGAGCUCAGGAAGUGGUGCUCCAGCUCAUCUGUUCUCAACGAACGGUUUUACGCGGACGGGGUCUCGAUCGACAACGUCACCGGGCGCACGACUUCUUGCAAGGUUCUCGGUCUAGUGUGUGAUGGCGACGCUGACAUCGUCGUCGUAAGCACUCAGAAUGUGUCCUCGUACGUUGCGACGCCGUUGCCUACGAAACGGACAGUGCUACAGGCCUUCGCACGAAUCUAUGAUCCUCUGGGACUUAUCGCCCCAUUCGUCUUACGGGCAAAACUGCUCUUCCAGAACCUAUUGAAGCUGCACAAGGGCUGGGAUGACCCGCUAGAGAGAGAAACAAAAGCUCAAUGGACAGCGUGGACAUCGGAACAAGGCUUUCUCUCGUCAGUCAGGGUUCCACGUUGCGUCGUUCCAGCUCAAAGUGAAGAAGGAGCGAACGUCGAGUUGCACAUGUUCUGCGACGCAAGUCCGCUGGCAUAUGGUACGGUCGUGUAUGUUCGAUAUGCGCUUUCCAAUGGCCAGUACUCCGUACGUCUCCUGAUGAGCAAAUGCCGCGUCGCUCCAGUCAAGCCUGUGUCGUUGCCUCGACUGGAGUUGCUUGCUUGUUUACUCGCUGCCAGGCUCUGGGACUACGUCAGGCAGGUUCCAGAGUUUUCCAGCUACAUGGCUUGGUUUUGGACGGCCUCCGCCAUUGCAUUACAGUGGAUCACUGGUGGCAACGACCGGCAAGAGACCUUCGUCAGGAACCGCUCGUCGGAAAUACGUCGGUUGACAGAGACGUCUACCUGGCAACACUGCCGAAGUCACGAUAAUCCGGCAGACCUAAUCACGCGCGGAGCACCAGCCUCGUUUGCCCAGCAGAAGUUAGCCUGGUGGUCAGGUCCCUCAUGGUUGUCGCGUCCGGAACCAAACUGGCCACCUAGGGCCGCGACUCCAAAAACCGACAACGGAAGCAAUGCUCACCUGACUGCCUGUCCGACAGUACCGGUGCCCUCGCCUAGUCCCGAACCCCUGCUCCAGGUUACGCACUACGAGCGCCUUCUCAGAUUAUUGCGAAUUACAGCUUGGAUUAAAAGGUUUUUGUGA